CCAUUGAAAACUGAAUAACGCACUGCUUGCUUUGUAUCUCCUAUUUUCACCAAUCUGCAACUACGAUACUAGAUCCUAUCAACCCCACUUGUCGCUAUGGAUUCCCACCGGCCAUCAGACACGCACCCUCGAGAAGCGACAACAUUGAUGGGGAUUCUCCAAUGGGAUAAAUUAUUCGAAUCGGAUGCGCCCCCCAGACUCGGAAUCGAAAUUGGGGAACGACUGCCUUAUACUGCCAUAUCGGCCUUCUCGGUUGGUAUGGCCAUCGGGUCUUCCUAUGGAAGCAAAAGAGCAGCAUAUCGAUUCCGCGCCGAAAACGCGCAUCGCUUUCCCACAACAUCUACCGGAUGGUUCCAAUACCACAAGACGAAGAAUUACACUGCGAUCGUUGGGGGUGUCAAGGAGGGAAUGAAGAUGGGUUGUAAAUUAGGGUUUGGUGCACUUGCAUUCUGCCUAUUCGAAGAAACAGUGGAUUACGCCCGGCAUGACCGGAGAGAUUUUCUGUCUACCGUGACAGCUGGGCUAUCAUUCUCUGGCAUCUACAGCUUACUAGCCCGUCACGAUGUCUAUACUGCCGCUCGUACAACGAAACUUGGUCUGAAGCUGAGUCUGGUGUAUGGACUUAUGCAGGACGCUCUUGAAUCUUUGAAGGGUAAUCGACCUGCUUACGUUAAUUUCCUUCUUGGCAAUCGCCGGUCGAAAGCGGAAUAAAGGUUUAAAUAGCCGAAGAGUCGUGAUUCUUGCGCCAACAUUUUGACUGGCUCAGAGUUCAAAAAGUCUCAUACAGGCCGAUGCACCCCGUCUCCCACCGGAUCCAAAGCCGCCGGGAAUCCUGUCAUGGGCAUCUCCCCAAAUCGGCCAGCUCAUUUAGGUCAUGCUUCGCCUCCUCCCACCGGUUCCACAGAACACUCUCCACUCCUCUUAGACAAAGUGUAACGUGCCCGGCUCUAGCCGAAGCCGAUCUGGUUACUUCCGUUCUGCGCGAGGCACGUUUUCCAUCACAUCUUGGACCUGACAUAGUGACUUAGCGACGGGGCUGAAUUUCAUAUCUUAGCUGUGGUAACAGCAAUUUAAUGAAUACAGGGAAGCGGGUCUUAAACCUCAACAACAACAAUUUCUAACAGACUUAGCUUAUUUAAACCGGUUGAGGCUAUGGGGAGAAACAGUGUACUAAUUCAAAAAGGGCUUGUACUCAGUGUCUUUUGAUGCCUCAGGUGUCGGUAGUAGAUGUCUGGAAUCCGGAUGUCAGGUGAAAAUGUGGCCCCUGCGCAGCCCCGCUGUCAAAAUAGUUGGAGUAUUAAUUAAUCAUAUUUAUCCACGGUGGUUAGAAGGACUGAUGGAAGAUGAACUUUUU